GUAUAGAUCUAAUACCUUAUGGUUGCUUUGUGGUUCGUUUCCUUGUUGUUGGUUUGCCUUGUACAUUCUGAACCAUAUAGGGAUUGUGGAUCUAAAGUUGGAAAAUUACAUUCACUAACUGUAACACCAUGUGACAGGAUACCAUGUGCGUUAUAUAAAGGUCGAAACGCCACUAUUACAAUUGGAUUCAGUACCCAAGAGACUGUAAAAGAUGGUCAUAUUUCUGUACAUGGAGUGAUUGCACAUGUACCAGUACCAUUUCCACUUGAUAACUCAGAAUUAUGCAACUUUGUCAGUCCAGUGUGUCCUUUAAUUCCAUCUAUAGAGAACUAUACACACACGUAUUCUUUGUAUGUUAGCACAUCAUAUCCAUCGAUAUCUUUAACCAUCAGAUGGGAAUUACAAGAUAGUUCAAAUGAAGAUAUAGUUUGCGUUGAAUUCCCUGUUCAACUUAUAUAAAGUACAAUGUAUAAUGUAAUUCAUUCAUUAGUUUAGUUAGUGUAUAACAAACCAUUUAUCUUAUUUUGCAAUAAAUUAUGACAAUGAGAAAAGAGGAACAAUCAUAAACUUCUGAAGACUUAUUUUUCAUUCUUAUCUAUCAGGACAAUUCAUUGUUUGUUUAUUUUUAAUAAAAAAAAGACAGACAAUAAUAACUAUUUCUUACUGAUUUCAUC